CGGCGCUGGAGGCGGGGCCGCGGCGGCGGCGGCGGCGGCGGGCCGGAGCGGCACCAGCUCUCGCUGCCGCGGCGUGGAUCCCGAGCGACCGUGACCGUGACCGUGACCCGGAGCGAUAUUAUCUUGCCCUGAAAGUUCCGGGAUUUAAAGAAAUGCCUUCCGUUGAAAUGCCGGCACUCAGCAGUGACUGUCCACAUUUGGAGUCAGUGGGUGAAAUAACAAAAGAAAAUUUGAUACAGAAAUCUCUCGGCACUUGUCAGGACUGUAAAGUCCGAGGACCAAAUCUCUGGGCCUGCCUAGAGAACCGAUGUACGUAUGUUGGCUGUGGCGAGUCCUACGUAGACCACAGUACUAUUCACUCUCAGGAGACAAAGCACUAUCUCACCGUGAACCUCACCACUCUCCGGGUCUGGUGUUACGCCUGCACCAAAGAAGUCUUCCUGGAGAGGAAGUUCGGGGCGCCCGCUUCCCUGCCGCAGACCACGAGACCGCCGUGCGCAGGCCCGGAAAGCGUCCAGGACUUCAAGGUGCCGCAUCCAACCCUCAAGACUCCUCUGGCCGCGGUCUUCGAUGAUCUGGACAGAGAUGUGGAUGAAGAGGACGAGCUGAAGGCAAGAGGUCUCACGGGCUUGAAAAACAUCGGCAACACUUGUUACAUGAAUGCGGCUCUGCAGGCUCUUUCUAAUUGUCCGCCUUUGACCCAGUUCUUCCUUGAUUGUGGAGGACUGGCCCGCACGGACAAGAAACCGGCCAUCUGCAAGAGCUAUCUCAAGCUGAUGACAGAGCUCUGGCAUAAGAGCAGGCCUGGAUCUGUUGUCCCGACCAAUUUAUUUCAAGGAAUUAAAACUGUGAACCCAACAUUUCGAGGUUAUUCCCAGCAGGAUGCCCAGGAAUUCCUCCGGUGUUUAAUGGACCUGCUUCAUGAGGAACUCAAAGAGCAGGUCAUGGAGACUGAGGAUGGGGCCCCUCCCGGGCCAGCUGAUGAGGCCAUGGAGGACGAGAAAAGCCCCUCGGAGAUGGACUUCCAGUCGUGUGAAUCGUGUGGGAGCAGCGACAAGGCUGACAACGAGACGGGCCCCCGCAGCCUGAUGGAGGACCACAUGGAGACCGCCAUGUUAAUUCAGGAGGAUGAGAACAAUCCCAGCCCCGGGAUAGUGAAGGAGAAAGCUCUGGGUCACAAGGUGAAUCCCAAGAGUCCCGAGGAAGACAUGGAGAAAGACGUGGACACCUUGUCGGAGAUGGUGGACAUUCUAAACAGCCAGGAGACUGUCAAAGUCCAAAUACACAGCCGGCUCGCAGAACACACGCCCGAUAUUCAUUCCAAUGACCAUCUGUCAUUGAGUGAAGGAGCCCCACGCUUGUCCACCAGCCCUCCCAAGUCAAGCUCCUUGUGGUCAGGAACCACGUCCGGCCACAAAAGAGCGCUGCCAGCCUCGUCUCCCAAGAGGAAGAAACAGCAAAAGCGGUACCGGAGCGUCAUUUCGGACAUCUUUGAUGGGACGAUCGUGAGCUCCGUGCAGUGUCUGACUUGUGACCGGGUGUCGGUGACUCUGGAGACCUUCCAGGACCUGUCCCUGCCCAUCCCCGGCAAGGAGGACCUGGCCCGGCUGCACUCGGCAAGCCACCCCACCGCCAUGGUGAAGGCGGGCUCCUGCGGGGAGGCGUACGCACCCCAGGGCUGGAUCGCUCUCCUGGUGGAGUACCUGCGCAGGUUUGUUGUCUCCUGUGUCCCUAGCUGGUUUUGGGGUCCAGUAGUGACCUUGCAAGAUUGUCUCGCUGCCUUUUUCGCCAGAGACGAGCUCAAAGGUGACAACAUGUACAGCUGUGAACGGUGCAAAAAGCUGAGAAAUGGAGUAAAGUUCUGUAAGGUGCAGAAGUUCCCCGAGAUCUUGUGCAUCCACCUGAAGAGGUUCAGGCAUGAGCUCAUGUUCUCCACCAAGAUCAGCACCCACGUGUCCUUCCCUCUCGAGGGCCUGGAUCUCCAGCCCUUCCUCGCCAAGGACAGCCCGGCCCAGAUUGUGACCUACGACCUGCUGUCAGUCAUCUGUCACCACGGCACCGCAAGCAGCGGACACUACAUCGCCUACUGCCGCAACAAUCUCAAUAACCUGUGGUACGAGUUCGAUGACCAGAGCGUGACCGAGGUCUCGGAGGUGACCGUGCAGAACGCAGAGGCCUACGUGCUUUUCUACAGGAAGAGCAGCGAGGAGGCCCAGAAGGAGCGCCGGCGCGUCUCCAACCUGUUGAACAUCAUGGAGCCGAGCCUCCUGCAGUUCUACGUCUCCCGGCAGUGGCUGAACAAGUUCAAGACCUUCGCCGAGCCCGGCCCCAUCUCCAACCAGGACUUCCUCUGCGUCCACGGGGGAGUCCCCCCGCGCAAAGCCGGCUACAUCGAGGACCUGGUGGUGAUGCUCCCUCAGAACAUCUGGGACAAUUUGUACAGCAGGUACGGGGGAGGCCCGGCCGUCAACCACCUGUACGUGUGCCACACCUGCCAGAUCGAAGCGGAGAAAGUGGAAAAGAGGAGAAAGAUGGAGCUGGAGAUGUUCAUCCGGCUGAACCGGGCCUUCCAAGAGGAGGAGUCCCCAGCCGCCUUCUUCUGCAUCAGCAUGCAGUGGUUCCGAGAGUGGGAAGGCUUCGUCAAGGGGAAGGACGGAGACCCCCCCGGGCCCAUCGAUAACAUGAAGAUCGCCGUCAUCAAGGGCGGGAGCAUCCUCCUCAAACAAGGGGCCGACUCGGGGCAGAUUUCCGAAGAGACGUGGCACUUCCUGCAGUCCAUCUACGGCGGGGGCCCUGAGGUCAUCCUGCGCCCGCCCGUGGCCCCCGUCGACCCCGACGCGCUGCAGACGGAGGAGAAGAUCGAGGUGGAGACGCGGGCGCUCUGAGCGGCAGGAGGCCGAGCGCCGUCCAGGGAAGGCCGUUCCACUCGCACGCCGUUCGGAAGCAUGGUUCUUUUCUCGCUUUUCUCCCCCGCCCCCACCCCCUCACUGGGCACUACAGUCGUGGACGCGUGUCGCAGCUUGGCGUCUCUCUAGGUGAUGCUUUUAAUGCUAAAUAAUUUACUGUGAAAUCUUUCAAAUGUCGCGUUUGGAAAGGGACAAGCUCCGGAGCUCGAGGUUGUUCAAUCAGCGGACAGUAGGUCAUUGAUCUUUUUGUACCACGUGGAAACCCAUAGUGUCCUUUGUAGACUUGUAAAAUAAAAUGGCUUUUCGAAUGUUUCUCGAACCCUUGUCCCACGCUUCUGAGCCCCGUGGAGCUCCACCGGGGGCGCCCGUCUGAGAGGGACCCUGGGGGCCUUCACGGCGGUCCCGGGGUCGCACGGCCCAGACUCGGGCAAGCUGACUCGGCGCCGCGGCGCCCCGGCCACGCCUGCUCCUGUGGACGGACUCGUCCGCAGACGUAACUUAUUGCCUGGACUUGUCAGCGUCAGCGUGUCGAUCCUGGCGAGCCCGAAGAACGUCACGCCUGCGUCGGCGCCUGUCAGUCGCUAGCAAGUUUUAGGGUAAUUUUCUUUUGAGAGCAUGCCGUACGUGAUGUGCACCUGCCGCCCUGAAGAGCGCCUGGAGAAGCUUGGGUUAGCGCGUCGACGGCCCUCCCGAACAGCCUCCUGCCCCCUCGCGCACGGUCACGUGGCGCCAAAGCUGGGGCGACGGGGGGAUCGCGGCGCCGGGGACCCCUUUGGGAACGGGCCGGUCGGGGUUGUUGGGAGAGGGACCACUUGUACCGCUACAGCUCCAGUGACGUUCCGAACCAGCUCAAUAAAGCGAUUUUUAAAAACA